CCACAUCGACACAAAGCAUGCAACUUAGCAAUGCAUAUUCCCCCUAGUCAGUCUGAGUAACACGCGGCGUAGAAUGCAGGAAAACACUCUCCAGGCUCUCUAGGUGGGCACCUGCCUGUCCUAUAAAAGGCCUGAGGCAACUUUCUCUACUUUUGAGAUCUUGUGUUUCUAUUGCUCGAUCUAGACCGAAUACUCCAUGUACAAGCCAACCUCUCGCUGCACGACAAAUUCAAUGAUGACCUCCUAUUACUCAAGCGCCUGGCCAGUUUCAAACGGUUACUUACCCACAAGUGGAGCGCCCUACGGCAUGGCUUCACAAUAUCCUUACGAGUCUAUGGCCACUUCGUCACAGGGAUUCUCAUACGCCUCUAUCUCUUCGCGACAAGGAUCGGAGAGUUCAGAGGGGCUAUCUGGCAGCGGUCCGGAAGCCCAACCAUUUGCACCAUCACUGCAAAGCCCGUUUCAGACUAUGUCGAAUACGACUAGUGCUACGCCCGAACGAAUAGACGAGCAGCACGCUUGUUCGGUUGACGGAACAGUGACCGAGAAGCGUCGAGAGCGAAAUCGCCAGUCUCAACGAGCAUUCAGAGAAAGAAAAGAGGCCAAGAUUCGGGAACUCGAAGUCAAAGUCAAAGACUUGACGAAGAAAUCCGAAGACUUGGAGUCUGCGAAUUCUGUGCUCAAGACUGAGUGCAAUCGACUACGCGCGCUUGUCGGGCUGCUCAUGGGUGGGGACGACCGUGCAACAAGAGAAGAGCCCGAUGACGAGCAGGUUAAGAGAGCCACUCGGUUGAAAAGGCUACUGGAUCUGCUAGAAGGCGUGGAGUAAGGGCUUUAAGCGUCUGAAGCCCAGUCAUUUCCGGAGGGAUCUUUGCUUCCUGCACAAGCAUUACAGGCAUGCAUUGUCAGCACGGAGCUGCAGCGGCCACCCCGCCCUAAUUCUCCACACUGGUGGCAACAUUGAGAUGCCUGCCCGGGUCUGUCAGCUUGA